AAUACGCAUACGAGUAGGAGUAGGUGGGCGGUGGUACUUGGUCAUGUGCCACCGUCUCGUGCCCCUUUGCAUCUUCCAAGCUCGCUCUGGGCUGGAGACCCUCACGCGUUUGCUUCAAGCAUUGACCCAGGCAUAAAUCUUCCAGCUACCUGUUCCUGGCCCCUUCUUGAUUUCUUUCUAUCCCCUGCCUGUCCGUGUAGUGCUCAGAUUUGGUCAGCAUGAAGGCAUGAACAAGCUGGCGCCUCUGGUGCAGGAUCCUGACGACUUGCGUCUCUGAAGGCGAGGAGGAAGCUUCUUUUCUCAGAUCUUGCAGCGUUUCUCCAGGGAUGAUGCUAUCUUUUGAUCUGGUCUUGGUUAUAUGACCACCCCUGUUUUCUCAUGGAUGGAACAGUAAAAGCUGCCUGCUGAAUCAUUGCUUUUCUGUUUGGUAAAAAAGGAUCAUCCUUGAUACUACAUGCUUGAAUCUGCUAAACUUCUAGCUCUCCUUGAAGAUUUGUGAAACAUGAAGCCGCCUUUGGAAAGGAACCCAUCCAGGAAGCGCCAUUCAUGGUGGUGGGAUAGUCACAUUAGCCCCAAGAACUCAAAAUGGCUUGCAGAAAACCUCGAAGAAAUGGAUAAGCAAGUGAAGGAAAUGGUGCAGCUUAUUGAGGAAGAUGGCGACUCCUUUGCAAAGAAAGCUCAAAUGUAUUAUCAGAGGCGCCCAGUGCUCAUCACCCAUGUCGAGAACUUCUACCGGAUGUACCGCGCUUUAGCUGAGCGCUACGACAAUGUUACCGGUGAACUGCGCAAGAACAUCCCUUCAAGGAUGCAGUCUCAAGGAUCUUUAUCCGGUUCUGAGUUCGGUUCAGAGCUGCAAAGGUCGCCCACACCAUCUCCUGAGCCACAGAAGUCCUGGACAAGGGAGCAGAGCCCUAGAGCCGCCGGUUUCGACUUCUUUCUGAGCAAUAAGAGCAAUGACUCACCGUCCUCAAGGAAGGAGCCCGAGUCGGCUUCACAGUCAGAAUCCGAUAUGAAGUCUGAGGAUGGCGAGGAUGAUGGCAUUGCCUACACAUUGCACCAGAGGGUUCUCGAGCUCGAGGACGAUCUCAAUGCCGCGAACCGGAAGCUGCUUGAUGCAAACGAAAAGCUCGAGGUUUUCGAGGAAAAGAGCCUGAGGUGCCAUUGCGAUUAUAUGGAAAAUGGAAAUGGCGCCGAUUAUGCUGCCAAAAUUACAGACAUUGAUGGAGAGUUCGCGUCAACUAAGGAGAAGCUACAAUCUUCAGAAGUGGAGAUCAACAGUCUCCAAAGGAGGCUCGAAGAUGCCGCAAUUUUGUCCGAAGAGCACUCUAGGCUGCUGGAACAGAACAAGGGACUGGAAGCUGAAAUUGUCAGUCUGAAGGAAGAAAUGGCUUCAGCCAGACGGCGUUUCGACGAUAAAAUUUCCAAGAGCGAUGCCGAGAUCAGCAAGUACAAGCAAGAGCUUACCGCCACGUCUGAGAAGCUGCUGCAGGAGAAGUCCACCAACAGUGCAGAGGUAGGUAAGCUGCAAGAGACAAUCCAGAUCGCCAGUCGUGAGCUGGAGAAAGUUUCCAAAGAGAAGUCCCUGGUGGAGGACCAGGUGAAGGAGCUGGACGAGGUGAACGCUGAAGCUGAAAGGCAGAUGCAGGAGCUAGUCCAUGCCGCCGAAAUGCUCUCAGACGACAAGUUCAGGCAUGAAGCUGAGAUCCUGACGAUGCAGCAGAGCAUCGAGGACCUGAAGCCGAGAUUUGAAAGCAUCGCAAGAGAGAAAUCACUGCUGAAACUCUGGUUCGCGGAUCUGGAGCGCGUCGUGGAGCGAGGAAGUAGCGUCGUCAUUCCCCCAGAAUAACCUGGUUUUGUCGGGAAAAUUCAUUAGCUAGAAUUUAGAAAACUAGCAGUGCUAUCUCUUUGUUUUUUUGGCCUGAGGUACAACAUCAUGCAAAACUGAGAAAGCCUACCAUGGACAUCAGUGUUGCCUUUUCUUGGAUUAUUCGUUGCACUGUGAGGUGAUGGGUGGUGGUGGUGGUGUAUGAAACAUUUGCACUGAAUGCAUUUCCUUUGGCAAUAAAAUGUCUCUGAUGAGUGCAUUUGGAGGCUAA